AAACAAAAAAGACAACAAACACCUUUUUUGUGGAGAAUUUCACUAGCAGCUAAAAUUCACUUGCCCAAGACAAUGGAGCACAUUAUGAAUCCGUUCAUGCCGCCCGUUUAUCUGCUGGGACACCCGCAUGCCCAUCCGCAUUCGCACAUGGGCCAGACCGCCAAAUCGCCAGCCAGCUCGCCGGGCACAGCGGGUGCAACAGGAACUGGAACUGGAGCUGGAGCUGGCUGCGGCAGCGGCAAGGGCAGCUCCGGUUCACUUGCGAGCCAUGCGAAGCCAAAGCGCUGGGGCUCGCCGCCGAUCAAUUUGGCGGGUCAGUUCAUCAAUCCGGCGACGGGCAAGAAGCGUGUCCAGUGCUCGAUUUGCUUCAAGACCUUCUGCGACAAGGGCGCGCUCAAGAUACACUUCUCGGCGGUGCAUCUGCGCGAGAUGCACAAGUGCACCGUAGAUGGCUGCAACAUGGUGUUCAGCUCGAGGCGUUCGCGGAAUCGGCACAGCGCCAAUCCGAAUCCGAAGCUCCAUUCGCCGCAUAUUCGCCGCAAGAUUUCGCCACACGACGGACGCACCGCUCAACAGUUUCCCGUGUUCCCGGCGGCCGCUGCCGCAGCUGCAGCCUUCCCGGGGCUGCUGCCACCACCUCAUCCACAUCAUGCACACCAUCCACAUCAUCCCCAUCAUCCCGCUGUGGGCUACGUGCCGGCGGCUGCUGCGGCUCAUGUUAUGUUUGGCGGGCAGUCGGGUCUGCAUAAUCUUGGCCUGCUCGCGGGCCGCACGCAGCACGAGCGGCUCUUUGCCGAGGCAAAUGCGGACAUUGAUGCGGACGUGGAGGCGGAUAUCGAUGCCGAUGCCGAUGCGGAUGCCGAAGCGGAUGCGGAUGCCGAUGAUGAGGGCGUCUACGUAUAUGUGGACAUGCAUGCCAACAGCUCAAGUCCAGCUAGUCAGGACUGCCACAGCGAGGCGGAUGCAGAUGCGGAUACGGAUGCGGACAACGAGGCGGAUGCAGAGCUGCACUGCAGCCUGAGCCUGGCCAGCAAUACCAACAGUCACACCAGCUUCGAUGAGGAGGAGCGCACGGAGCAGCCCCUGGACUUUAGUCUGCACAAGCGACGCGAACGCCAGCCGGAGCCGGAACCGGAGCCACAGCCAAGAUCAGCUCCAGAGCCAAAACAGGAGCUAUGCGAGCGCCGCAGCAAGCGCUCGCCCAGCCCCUGCGGCGGCAGCGGCUUUUCCAUGGAACGGCUGCUGGGCAAGCGCCGGCGUCACGACAGCUGCGCUUCCAGCUCCCAGGAGUCGACGACAGCCAUCAAAAUGGAACUGGAGCUGGACAGCGACAGCGCCGAUACGCACAGUCACGAGCGGCGCGCCCACCACGACGAGCACGCCCACGACCUGUCCACGCCGCAGGCCCGUAAACACCUGCCGAGCAGCUGCUCGCCCGACGCCGCAGCCGCAGCCGCAAUCAGCCCCAACCGCCAACCGCAGCCCAACCCCAUGCCCAGCUCCGUCUCCAUCGCUGGCUCCAGUUCGGUUGCCGCGGCUUCUGGUCACGCGCUGGCGCCGUCGCCGCCCGGCCUGCUCUUCGGCAUGGAUCUGGAGGAGCAGCAUCACAUCCGGCUGCUCCAGACGCAAAUGUUUGCCGCCGCAGCGGCCGCCGCCGCCACCGCCAGCGCCACCAGCAGCGCCGCCCAGUCGCCCACAGCCGCCGCGCCCUGGAAUCUGCUCUCCGAGGUCUACCGCUCCAUGCUGCUCAGCAGCAGCAACCUGAAGGCGCCGCCAACGGCGCCGACGAAGCCGCAGCCGGCCCAAUACAGCGACAUGCCGCCCACCAAUGCCGCCAUCUCCGUCUAAGAGUGGCCCGCGCUCCUCGCCUCGGCAGAGCUCAAUCAAUUAGCAAAUGUUCUCAAUUAAAAAGCAACCCCC